AUGGAAGACUGGUUCAAGAAAGGAGACUAUGUUAGAGACAGGAAAAGAACUUUUCUCUGUUUCUUAAUUUUAGUAUAUCUUACUGCAUUAGUCUACACUGAUAAGGAUUUUUACAGUUUACUUGGAGUAUCCAAAGAAGCAAAUAGUAGAGAAAUAAGACAGGCUUUCAAGAAGUUGGCAUUGAAAUUACAUCCUGAUAAAAACCCGAAUAACCCAAAUGCUCAUGAGGAGUUUUUGAAAAUAAAUAGAGCAUAUGAAGUAUUGAAAGAUGAAGAUCUUCGGAAAAAGUAUGAUAAGUAUGGAGAAAAAGGACUUGAGGAUAAUCAAGAAAGGGGCCAGUAUGAAAGCUGGAAUUAUUACCGAUAUGAUUUUGGUAUUUAUGAUGAUGAUCCUGAAAUUAUAACCUUGGACAGAAGAGAAUUUGAUGCUGCUGUUAAUUCUGGAGAGCUAUGGUUCAUAAAUUUCUACUCCCCAGGAUGUUCACACUGCCAUGAUUUAGCUCCCACAUGGAGGGAAUUUGCUAAAGAAAUGGAUGGUUUAUUUCGCAUUGGAGCUGUAAAUUGUGGAGAUGAUAGAAUGCUUUGCCGAAUGAAAGGAAUCAAGAGUUAUCCAAGCCUCUACAUUUUCAAAUCUGAAAUGAAUCCAAUGAAAUAUUUUGGAGAGAGAACAAAGGACCACUUAGUGAAUUUUGCCAUGCGGUAUGUCAGAAGCACAGUAACAGAAUUAUGGGCAGGAAAUUUUGUUAAUGCCAUCGAAACUGCAUUUGCCUCUGGUAUUGGCUGGCUCAUCAGUUUUUGUUCUACGACAGGAGAUUGCUUAAGUUCACAGACACGUCUUAAACUGGCUGGCAUGUUGGAAGGCCUUGUUAAUAUAGGCUGGAUGGAUUGUGGUACUCAGGGUAACCUGUGUAAAAGUCUAGACAUCACAUCAAGUAUUACAGCUUAUUUUCCACCUGGGGCCACAUUAACUAACAAAGAAAAAGGAGGUGUUUUGUUUCUCAAAUCCUUGGAUGCCAAAGAGAUUUAUGUUGAAAUAAUGCACCAUCUUCCAGAUUUUGAAAUGCUCUCUGCAGAUUCACUAAAGGAUCGAUUGGCUCAUCAUAGAUGGCUGCUUUUCUUUCAAUUUGGAAAAAAUGAAAACUCAAAUGUUCAUGACUUUAAAAAGUUAAAAUUUCUUCUUAAAAAGGAACAUAUUCAGGUUGGCAGGUUUGACUGUCUUUCUGAACCAGUCACCUGCCGUAAGUUUUAUGUUCAUCAACCAUCUGUGGCAGUAUUUAAAGGUAAAGGAACUGAAGAUUAUGAAAUUCAUCAUGGAAAGAAGAUUCUAUACCAUAUCCUUGCAUUUGCUAAAGAAAGUGUUGAUUCUCAUGUUGUCACACUUGGACCUCAGAAUUUUCCUGACAAAGAAAAAGAACCAUGGCUUGUUGAUUUCUUUACACCUUGGUGUCCACCUUGUCGAGCUUUGUUGCCAGAAUUACGGAAAGCAUCAAAGCAGCUAAACGGGCAGCUUAAAUUUGGCACUCUUGAUUGUACAAUCCAUGAAGGCCUCUGCAACAUGUAUAACAUUCAAGCUUAUCCAACAACAGUGGUGUUCAACCAGUCCAAUAUUCAUGAAUAUGAGGGACAUCAUUCAGCUGAAGAGAUUUUAGAAUUUAUAGAGGAUCUGAGGAACCCUUCUGUCAUUUCUCUAACACCAGAGACAUUCAAUGAACUAGUUAAGAAGAGAAAACGUGAUGAAAUCUGGAUGGUUGAUUUUUAUUCUCCUUGGUGCAGACCAUGCCAAAUGUUAAUGCCAGAGUGGAAAAGGAUGGCACGGUUGUUAAAUGGUCUGAUCAGUGUUGGCAGUGUAGACUGCCAAAAGUAUUAUUCAUUUUGUAGCCAGGAGCAAGUCAAGAAAUUUCCUGAUAUAAGGCUUUACCCUCUAAAAUCAAACUCAGCUCAUCAAUAUUAUACUUACAAUGAAUGGGACAGAGAUGCAUAUUCUCUAAGAACCUGGGCUCUAGCAUAUUUGCCUCAGGUGUCCAUAGAGCUUACACCGCAGACUUUCAAUGACAAAGUAUUAGAAGGGAAAGAUCAUUGGGUAGUUGAUUUCUAUGCUCCUUGGUGUGGACCUUGCAGAAAUUUUGCCCCAGAAUUUGAGCUUUUGGCUAGGACUAUUAAAGGAAAAGUGAAAGCUGGAAAAGUAGAUUGUCAAGCUCAUGCUUAUACUUGCCAGAAUGCUGGCAUCAGAGCUUAUCCUACUGUCAAAUUUUAUCCCUAUCAAGGAAACAAGAAAAAUAUUCUUGGCAAGCAGAUAGAUAUCAGAGAUGCAAAAAGUAUUGCUGAUUUAUUAGAUGAAAAAUUGAAAGCUCUACAGAGUAAAACACAGAGGGAGAAAUCUAAAAGCAAGGAUGAACUUUAAGGGAACUUGAAGAUGGAAAGAUGGAAGAUAGAGAAAUCAGAAUCUGUCACUCCAGAAGGUUUCAUACUUAGAAUGUUAUUACAUUCAUAGUAGGAAUAAAAGAACAUUAUUUUGGA